AUGGACAGUGACGACGAUUACCAGUCAUUUUCCCCUCCAAAGGAAUCGCCGCCGCAAGUCCAGUAUCAGAGGCUGAAACGACUGAAGAAAUCAAAUUCCGAGCCACCAAAAGGAUCCUUGAAAGAGUUAAUUAACGAUCCACUCUUGUUCCCCCAAGUUAAUUAUGCGCAAUUGGAAGCUUUGGAAAAUGAUUCCGAAAACCUAGACUUCAAUGAUUCUAUUUCGAAUCAAGAAUCGUUUAUGUUGCAGGAAUCUCAGUCUGAGGGGUUUGAUGAAGAGAAGGAUAACGAAUUAGAGAAUCAGAAACGGAAGGAAGUGAAUUUUGGGGUUAACAAAACUAAGAGGGCUUUGGAAUUUGAUGACGGCGUGACUGUUGGGUUUGAUGAUGAGGAGGAGAAUGGAUUAAAGAAUCAGGAAGAGAAGGAAGUGAAUUUUGGGAUUGAUGCGGAGGUUAUCAAAACUAAGAGGGAUUUGGAGUUUGACGGCAACGUGGCUGUCGUGUUUGAUGGAUAUGAAGGUGGGAUCGGAGAGAAUGUUGAUUUAGGUUUGGAUAAUUUUGAGAAGAAAGGGAGCUGUGAAGGUGAUUUAGACGAGACAAAAGAGGACAAGAAGAAGAAAAAGAAAAAGAAAGUCAAGAGUGAUAAUGCUAAUGAAUCUUUAUCCAAAUUGCCAGUUUCAAACAAAAGGAGGGAAGAAAAGGAAAGAAAGGCUUAUCUGCAGCAACUUCACGCAGAAUCUCAAAAGCUACUACGAGAAACUAGAGAUGCAGCAUUUAAGCCGAUACCAGUUGUACAAAAACCCAUAUCAUCUGUAUUAGAGAAAAUCCGGAAGCGGAAGCUUGAAGUCUCAAUAAGAACUGGGAUGCUAAAUCACAAGAAUAAUGCUACCAAGGACAAUGGCAGUCAAAGAGACAAAAUGAUGGAAGUUGAUUUGGUUAACACCGACAAUGAAAAGAGUGGAGCAGAAAGCGUGGCAAAGAAUGUGGGAAAUGAGGCACCUUCAUGUUCCGUGGAUGUAGAGAGCAGUCCACAUGCUCCAAGAAUGGAUGGAUCCGUAGAUCUUGCAAGACAGACAAGCCAUGAAAAUGUUCCCACUCAAGUAGCAAGUGAGGCUUUGAAUAAACUGCCUUCACCUACAUUUCGAGCUCCAGUUGAUGAUACUCAGGAUCUUUUUGAUGACUCCCAACCAAGUGAUAAGAUUGCUGGGCAGCAUGAUGAACUACAGGAUAGUCCUUUGGAAGAAGAUUUUGCUCCAUCUUUAUUAGCUAUGAACUUGAAGUUUGAUUCUGCUCCUGUUGAUGAUAGUUCUUCAGGUGAAGAUGACAAUGAGAAAGAGAAUAUUGAUCCUCAUCCUUGUGGAGUUGCCGACGGUAGCUCCUCUCCAAAAGGAGAUCCCGUGAAAGAUUUUGUAGAUGAUGAAGCUGAGGAAGAAGAUGAUAGCGACAACGACCUGAUUCGCUUUGAAGAAAACGAAGAUGAGGAUAUGGAUGGCUUUGAGGAACUUGAUGACAUGAUAGCAACUGAGUGUGAAGAAAGAACUAUUGACAAUGAAAGACGUAAUGAACUUCAUCAGAAGUGGCUUGAGCAACAAGAUGCAGCAGGAACUGACCAUCUUAUGCAGAGAUUGAAAUGUGGUUCAGAACUUAGAGACACAAUUUUGCAUGACAAAGUACGUGAAAGUGAUGAGGAUGAAGAAGAAUCUGACGAUGAAGCCAAGGAAGACGUCCCCAGGAAUUCUGCCCGUAUAAAUUCUAGAAAGGCCAAAGAAAUAAUUCUGCAGAUGUUUUCUGAUAAAGAAGAUGCUUUUUUGUCUGACGAAGAUGACACAGAGAAGAGGCAUGUUAAACAGCGCCUCCUAAUAAGAGCUGAAAAACAGGCUACGUUAGUAUCACCUGCUGAUGACGAAAAUUCCAGGGAAGUUUUUGGUCUUAUAAAGAAGCUUAAUAUUGUCUCUGACAAUAAGAAAAAACCGAAAGCAUCAUCAUUCUUUGACACAUUGCUGAAAGGAGGAAAUAGUAAUAGCUCUUCAGAAACUCUCCUACACCUGCAUCAAAAUGAGCAUUUUGGCCGUUCGUCAUCUUUCCUUGGACGAGUAUCAAACCUCCACAUACCAUCAUCUCAUAAAAAAGGGUCAGGAAUGGUUCGUUCUUUUAUAUUUGAAAGGGACGACAGCAAUAGUCGGAGUUCUAUCUCAGUGUCAGAGGAUUUUUCGGAUACAGUAUCUAGAGAGAGUCGACCAACGAGGAAUGCUACAGCAAAAUUUAGUAGCUCACAAUCCAAAUUUAGCAGCCAAAAAGGAGAAACUGCUUCAGAAAAGGCAUCUAAUACUUCGUUGUUUGAGAUAUUGAAGCGAUCUUCAUCUCAAUCCCAUGCCUGUAAUCAGGAUAGUAUGACUGACCUCCCAAAGAGUAUGUUUGCUUCUUUUAGAAUUCCAAAGAAGCCUAUGAAAAUGGAAGGAAAAAGCUAA